CGCAAGGUCGGUUUUCAGUCCCCUCGUGAAUGCCCGACACCACCAUCAAGCACGGAGUUACCAUGCCCGUGCACUUCAACUCUGCCAGUCUGCGAGUGCAGGGGCAGCAGGGGCAGCUGCACGCAAUGCAGCUUCCAUCCUGAAGACACUGGUUGUUCUGCUGAUUAUCAUCAUGCCUCGACCAAUCAUCUCAGUUUCCGAUUGGCCGUUUGGGAGACCCUCCGUUUUGUGUCACAGCAUCAAGAAGACAUCCUGCGCUCAGCGGAUGGACUGGGAGCAUUGUCGAUGUGGCCUCGCUUGUGUGUCUCCUAUCGAUUGUCAAAGCCGCUCUCGUUACUGCUUAGAGAACGAGGGCAUUAGCUCAUUUGGUCCAAAUUAUUUCCCGGACCCGACGGAGCAUUUGUAUCUCAGCUGUGUUCUGGGAAUGAACACAGAUGACCUGAUUUAUGAUGUUCUGAUCACGACUAGUCGUCUUCCGCUCGGUCGUAGAGACCUACCAUAUCUCCGAGCCGUCGAGAGAUAUUGGUCCUGCUGCACACAGACUGUUGAUUGAAAUGCUAGGCAGACACUCUGGGCCUGACGAAGGUUUGGAGGUCGCGUAUGUGAGAGCUGGUCGCUUAGGUCGUGUUCAGA